GAGUGAGCCAUAGAAAGGAGAAGCUGGGUAGAGAGAGAGAGUGAGUAGAGACAUAGAGAAGGAGUCGGUGUGGGUGAGACGCUGAAGCAGAUCUAACCAGGGGUGUUUUCUCUCUUUUUUUCCUUCCCCUCCUCCCUGUUUCCCACCUGGGCUCCCAGCUCCCUCCAGGAUCCGAUGAUUACAGGGCAGCUGAGCAAGCCGCUGCUCUCCUUGCGCAGCAACAUGAGCGCGGCAGAACUCCGGGCGGAUGACAAAGCGGCCACCCCAGACAGCGAGCUGAACGACGAGCCCCUGCUCCUGCCCUCCGAGGCCACGGACAGAGAGGGCACUCCCAACAAGCUUUACGGAGCUCGCGAUGGUUCAGUCCAGUCUGAUGCCAGCAGCAGUCCUUCAGAGCAGAGUCAGCUGGGCCAGUCUCACCCAGGAUACCCACUGGGUCCACAGUCUCUCCUGGUGGCGCAGCAGCUGGCCAACGCAGUAGGUGGCGUGAUGUCCGGGGCGGCACCGGGCAUGAACCAGCCCAUCCUCAUUCCUUUCAACGCAGGCGGACACCUGGGUGGGCAGCAAGGCCUGGUCCUCUCCUUGCCCACGGCCAACAUCCAGAGCCUGGUGGCUGCUGCUGCUGCGGGGGGCAUCAUGACGCUCCCCCUCCAGAACCUGCAAGCUACCUCAUCACUCAACUCCCAGCUCCAGCACCUGCAGCAGCUCCAACAGAUGCAGCAGCACCACCAGCAGCAACAGCAACAUCAGCAGCAACAGCAGCAGCAACACCAUCAUCAACAGACCCACUCCCACGCCCAGAACCAGCUGUCAUCCCAGCAUCACAUGACCCCACCCAACCAGCAGCAGACCUCCGUCCCGUCUCCGGGCUCGGCCUGCUCCUCCACCUCUGGACAGCCGCAGCAGUCUCCGCCGCACCGACCCAACCAGUCGCCGGUCCGCAGCCUCCCUUCUCCCGUCACCCCGCCCAUGCCUUUGCCACUGAAUCCUCUGGCCAGCCAGGCAGCAGUAGCAGCAGCAGCAGCCAUGGGAUCAAUCGCCGGUUCUCAGGUGUUUGGCAAUACCCUGUCAAACCUGCAAGGAGCCACCGGACAGCUGGUCACCAAUGCACAAGGACAGAUAAUUGGAACAAUCCCACUGAUGCCCAACUCUGCAGGGCCCUCCAGCCAAUCAGGGGGUGGCAACCCAGCACUGCAGGUACAGCCAAUUACACCUCAGCUUCUGACCAACGCUCAAGGCCAGAUCAUCGCCACGGUGAUCGGCAAUCAGAUCCUGCCUGUCAUCAACACCCAGGGAAUCACACUGUCACCAAUCAAGCCUGGACAGCAGCUGCCUCAGGCUCAGCAGGGUCAGACAGGCCCUGCAUCGUCUCAGCCCAACCUGCUCCACAUGCCCCACAGACAGAGCCCUCUCCACCAGGCCUCUUCCUCCUCAUCCACCUCUUCCUCUUCCUCAGCUCUCAGCGUGGGGCAGCUAGUCAGCAACCCGCAGACCGCCCCCAGCGAGGUGGACGGGGUCAACCUGGAGGAGAUUCGUGAAUUUGCCAAAGCAUUCAAGAUCCGCCGGCUGUCCCUGGGCCUGACACAGACUCAGGUGGGCCAGGCGCUCAGCGCCGCCGAAGGGCCGGCGUACAGUCAGUCUGCCAUCUGCAGACACACCAUCCUGAGAAGCCACUUUUUCCUACCACAGGAAGCCCAAGAGAACACUAUAGGUAGCAGUCUGACAGGCAAACUGAACCCUGGCCUUUUAUAUCCUGCCAGGUUUGAGAAGUUGGACAUCACCCCUAAAAGCGCCCAGAAGAUUAAGCCCGUUCUGGAGCGCUGGAUGGCCGAGGCUGAAGCCCGCCACCGAUCCGGCAUGCAGAACCUGACUGAGUUUAUCGGCAGUGAGCCUUCGAAAAAACGCAAGCGGAGGACCUCUUUCACCCCGCAGGCGCUCGAGAUCCUCAACAGCCACUUUGAGAAGAACACACACCCCUCUGGACAGGAAAUGACGGAAAUAGCUGAGAAACUGAACUAUGACAGGGAGGUGGUGCGUGUCUGGUUCUGCAACAAGAGGCAAGCCUUGAAAAACACAAUAAAGCGUUUGAAACAGCCCGAACUCGGCGCGGCUGCACCCAUGGACCCUCUCACUGAUUCUCUAGAGGAGCUCCCAAAAUGAACGAGCUCUCCGACAGGAAAAAAAAAAAAAAGUGGAGUGGAAAAGAAGUGGCAGCCAUGAAAAACAACAACAACAAAGGUGGAUGAACUCAUCUCGAAAUGAGAACUGAAACAUGUUCCAGUCAACCUGGAUGGACAGUCAUGAGUUUGCAAACAAAAACUAUGUGUUGUCAGUGUGAUUACCACAGUUAUGUAAAUGACCUUGGCGAAACCAAAAACAAGAAAAAAGAGAUUAAUAUCUGAGAAUUAUGUAAAAACAUAUGGUGUGCUGUUUCAAAGAGUUUUAGAUUCUGGCCUUACAGACCAGACUAUCGCCCAAAUUUUGGUUCCCGCGAGGAGGGAUUUAGUAAAGAGAUCAUACCAAAUCAAAACACUAUUUACCAAAGUCUGUUGCAUCUGAGUACUAAGAAUAAUUUUGUAAUGUAAAUGUGCUCUAAAUUUUUACAUUUGUACUGGCAAAUCUAAGCUAUAUGUGUGAGGUUGAGUAUACAUUUUAUCUUUGUCUCGCUUACUUUUUUCUUCAUUGUUUGUAUGUAAAUAUCUAAAACAAAAAAAAAAAAACAAAAAAGAAAAAUGCUGUCUUCAAAUUAAAAUCACACUUAUAAAGUUCUCUUUUGGACAAAAAAAAAUUACCUUUGCUGUUAAACAAUUGCAUUAUAAUGUUGUUUGCCUCUGAUUUGUGUUUCAUCUGCAAAUAUUUUCAGUCACAGUGUAACUUUGUACAACUUUUACAGGUAUUUAUUAAUAAUCUCAUGAGAUUGUUUCAGAGGGACAGAUGGAGGGAGGGAGAUUAAAGUAAGGACUGUCACACGAUGAUGAAGAUAAGGAGGAGGAGGUGGAGGGGUUUCAGUGUCUGUCAAGUCUACUGCAGCUUUGUUUUUGAGCUACUGUGUCAUUCUGUUGCCAAAGCCUGAUAGCCAAAGAACACAUUAACAUUCAGCUCAAGGACUGGGGAAGAUUUUACCUUUUUAUUUACUUGUUCACACAGCUUUCUCCCCCCCCCCCCUCACCUUUUUCUAAAGUGUUUUAACUCUGUGGGUCAAGUUUAACAAAAAGAAAAAAAGCACUGUCAUGUCAAACAGCUGCAACAGUGUCUGCUGUAAUUUCUUAUCGUGGCAAUAUAGAAAAUGGGUUGGAAGAAUUUUCUCGGGCAAAUUUGCUUCUGCAUGUUUAAACUCAAACUCACAUAAGAGGAUUAUUUACAGACUUGGCGGAGAUAAAUUUCACCAGACAGCCCCAAAAAUACCUGUGUUUUGCUAAUAUCACUGAAAAUAACACAUAUUUUUACAUAGUAAACCCUUUAAUUAUGCCAUAAAAUUAAGUGAUCGUGUGGUUGAAGCCCGUCUGUUGCCACUGACCAAUCUACUGAGCUCAUUCCAGUUCAGCUGUUUUUAUAACCUGAAUAUCUCAACUCAAAUAUGCUUUUCUGCAAAGAUAACUGUUGUUAUUUUCUUUACAUUCUGCAUUCCUCUCAGCUAAGUGAAGGUUUACAGGCGUUACAAACAGUGUUUUUAAUGGAAAUGGUUUUUUUUGCCACCUAUGAAGUGUUUAAAAAAGGUUAAUCUCAGCAGAUUCUCUUGAAGAUCUCAUGCAUUUCUUGUUAUUUUUUAUUAUAAUUUGCAUGGGUAGAAAUUAAUUUUCAGUCCAACAGUAUUUUUUAUUAAUUAACUCUCCAUCUCUGUGCUUGACAUUUAAUUUUAUAGACUAUAUUACCGUGUCAGAAAUGUCAAUAUUCCAGGCAAAAUAAACCUCCCAGACCAUCACUAUAAAUAUUUGGCUCUUACAAAAACCCCAUGGGAAAAGGAGGGAAAAAAGGAGGUGAAUGCUGCGAAUAAGUGUCACAUUUCAGAACAAGUGAGCUUAAUUUGAAGUGAGGUGAAAUUUGAUGCAAUUUAUUCAGAAUCAUGUGUCUGCUUGAUAUCUGUCCUUCCAUGUCACAUUGGUUAUCUCAGCCUUUCAGUCCCCUGUGCACUGCUGUGUUCAUCUUCACUGCCUGGAAAACACACACACAUACACAAACACAGUAAAGAUGUAAGAAAACACACACAUAUGAAAAAGAUUCACUUAUGUUUUUACUACAUUUACACCCACAGAUGUUUGUGCAUUUUUAUUUUGCUUUCAAGAGAAAAAAAAUAACUUAACUUCAGGCGAAUCUUGGGCCAAGAAUUACUACAUGUCAGAUAAAUAUAUGAGAAAGCAGCAGUGGAUCAGUUGUGAGGCUUAACAAUAAAGCUGUAACCAAAACCAAAAAAAAUAAAUAAAAGAAGACACAGAAAGGAGUUAUGCCUUUGCUCAACUUUUCAAUGCUGGACCAAAGCUCUAUAGUUAUGCACAUUGUACAGAGAAAUAGAUUCACGAUGUUGACAAUCUUUAAAAAUCUGAGAUAAAAGAAUUGAAGAGUAGAAAUGUACAGUAGUUCAUCCAAGGUUUACCUCAGUACUGUUCUUGUGAGAAUCAUACAAAUGCCAUACAAGCAGCAGCAGGUCAUAAGAAAAAACUAAUUAUUACUCUGCACUGUGUGUCGUCAAUGUUCACCUUCAACGUGGAGGGGGAGGCUUGUGUUUUAUUUAUUAUUAUGUGACACAUGAUUGUUUUAUUUUUGUGAAGUGGUUUCCUGAGCCACAUGUGACUCUCUGGUCAUCUGUUUUUAUUAACGUACUGCAUUAUUUCUCAUUCGUUGUGACAUCCACCUCAGUUUUCACAGACCUAUAGACCCAUGUAGAGGAAAAGGAGAUUACAGUAAUGUUGCUCUUAACCCAAUUAGGAUGAUUUGUUAAUCACCUUUAAAUACUUUUGUGAAAUUUUACUAACACAGACAACCUGGUUUGACGUUUUGUUAAUAAGUCGAAGAACUUGAAACCAAAGCUGAAGAGCCUGCAGAGGUUGGUUUUCAUUUUUUUAUAGACUGAAAACUGUACUUAAUCUAUAGAGCAAUAUCUGUUUGGUCAGUUAAGCAGCACUUUGUGUAUUUCUAAAAAAAAGGGGGAAAAAAAGCUUCAAGUCUGUCACAUUGAUUUGUACCAUAAUUAGUAAUAAACAAUUGUUUGACAUGAA